CUCUACCUCGGCGGCUUGCGGGAGGCGGGUGAAACCCGGGACGAGGUUCCCACACGGAACGGGGAUGGACUCCAGCAGGUCAACGCCGGCAGCUCUGACGCCAUCGCUGUCCACGCCCUCGGCGUGCUCACGGCCAUCAUGAGCAACUCACCCUCGGCCAAGGAGGUGUUCAAGGAGCGCAUCGGCUAUGCCCACCUCUACGAGGUGCUGAGGAGCCAGGGCCAGCCCACCCAGCGUCUGCUCCAGGAGCUCCUCAACAUGGCAGUGGAGGGUGACCACAGCUCCUUCCCAGUGCGUCCCAUCCGCAACGAGCAGCCCCUGCUGAUCCUGCUGGCCUGGCUGCCGGCGCUGGAAUGCCGGGAUCUCCAGGUGUUCCUGUCGGCGUGGCUGCGGCGCCUCUGCGAGGCCUCCCUGCCCAGCCGCCUCACCUGCGUCAAGGCGGGCAUGGUGGGCUCCCUGCUGGGC